UUGUAAGUGCAAGGUCCUCAGUUCGAUCACCAGUACCAAAAAUAAAUAAAUAGAUAAAUGAGUAAACACAGCACUUUGUGUUUGCUGACAGGAGGAAACAAGAACAAAGAGGAUCCAAGGCAUUUGGACAUGGCUAUGCAGCUCCCAGUGGGGAGUUGGUCCUGGGAUCUUGCCGGCCCUGGAGACUUUAUUAGCCUUCUCCCUGCCUGCUGUAUCCUUGCUGGAUCUAGCACUGAUAGCAGUCUGCUCACAAGCAGAGGAUCUGGGGGUGUGGACAGCUACGUACCCACCUCCCCUCUGAAAAGCCAAGGUGGGCUGGGUCAUGGAAGCAGUUCCUGAAGAGGUCUUAAAGGAGAAAAGCUGCUCUAUCACAGGCCUCCUAGUCCCCACCCUCCUCACUACAAUACUUGACUGUUCUGUCUGUUCCCACAGCUAUGACAUGGUGCAUUAUGGCCACUCCAACCAGCUGCGCCAGGCACGGGCUAUGGGCGACUACCUCAUUGUGGGUGUGCACACUGAUGAGGAGAUCGCCAAGCACAAGGGGCCUCCGGUGUUUGCCCAGGAGGAGAGAUACAAGAUGGUACAGGCCAUCAAGUGGGUAGAUGAGGUGAUACCUGCAGCUCCCUAUGUCACCACCCUGGAGACACUGGACAAGUACAACUGCGACUUCUGUGUUCAUGGCAAUGACAUCACGCUGACCGUAGAUGGCCGUGAUACCUAUGAGGAAGUGAAGGAGGCAGGGAGGUACAGAGAAUGCAAGCGCACCCAGGGUGUGUCCACAACAGACCUGGUGGGCCGCAUGCUGCUGGUGACUAAGGCCCAUCACAGCAGCCAGGAGAUGUUCUCUGAGUACCGCAAGUACGCAGACAGCUUUGGCAAGUGCCCUGGGGGACGGAAUCCCUGGACAGGGGUGUCCCAGUUCCUACAGACAUCUCAGAAGAUCAUACAGUUUGCUUCUGGAAAGGAACCCCAGCCAGGGGAGACUGUCAUCUACGUGGCUGGCGCCUUUGAUCUGUUCCACAUCGGGCAUGUGGACUUCUUGGAGAAGGUGCACAAGCUGGCAGACAGGCCCUAUGUCAUCGCUGGCCUGCACUUUGACCAGGAGGUCAACCGGUACAAGGGAAAGAACUACCCCAUCAUGAACCUGCAUGAGCGGACGCUGAGCGUACUGGCCUGCCGGUAUGUGUCAGAAGUGGUGAUUGGGGCGCCAUACUCUGUCACCGCAGAGCUUCUGGGUCACUUUAAGGUGGACCUGGUGUGUCAUGGGAAGACAGAAAUUGUGCCUGACAGGGACGGCGCUGAUCCCUACCAGGAGCCCAAGAGGAGAGGCAUCUUCCAUCAGAUCGACAGUGGCAGCAACCUCACCACAGACCUCAUUGUGCAGAGGAUCAUCAAAAACAGGUUAGAGUAUGAGGCACGAAACCAGAAGAAAGAAGCCAAGGAGUUGGCCUUCCUGGAGGCCAUGAGGCAGCAGGAGGCACAGCCGGAGGGGGAGGAUGAAUAGACUGCCAGCCCAGGCCGGAGGACUGUCUCAGAGAGGAAAGCCUGGGCACUUCGGCAGUCCUGAUCUGCGGCUCCACUUCUGCAUCUUAGCGUCCAUGAUUCUGAAAGAAGCAUCGCCCUGGCUGGCCACAGGGGGCCGGCAUGGGGGGCGCUCCUCCUGCCUGCAGGGGGCCUGUUCUGCAGCAGGCUCUCAGCUCUUCCCACACCAGAGCAGCCCAGCCUGCAUAACAGCAGAGGGCACUGUGACCCAUGCAGUUUCUGCUGACUGGGUUCGGGCUGCAGCUCCCCCAUCCGGUGGGGGGGCAUGUCUCACUUCUGGCAGGAGGCUAUACUGACUGUCCAUCCAGCUUCCGUGAGGACACAAAGGUGACGGCCUUGAGUUGCGGUGAACCUGGGGCUAGCUGUCCCUAAGUGGGCACGCUGCCUUGCAAUACAUCUUAGCACCCCUUGCCUGGCUCCAGAAAGACUGGAACUUGCCCUGCCUACCUGGGCAGCCUCAUCACCCUCCCAGAGACUUCUGGUCCUCCAUUCUGUACCUCAGUGGCUGGUGUAACUCACUGCAACUGAAUAAACCUUGGUGGGACAUGC